AUGGUUCAAGUAAAGGAAUUUGCCGUGGAGCAGUGGAUGGAUAAACAUGAACAUCAUGCCAAGUACAACAUAGCAGAGACAUGCUGUGCCUCUAUUUCAGUGAAGGAUCUACAAGAACUUUCCGAGGAUAAAUCUCUGAGCCCAUUAGAUCUCUCUACCAAGCUUACGUAUGGUGCUAUUCGAGGUUCGGAACGGCUUCGAGGGACCUUGGCCAAUCUCUACUCGGUCAAAACACCCACUCGAUUGCCUUCUGAUAAUGUCUUAAUUACACCGGGUGCUAUUCAGGCCAACUUUCUUUUGCUUUAUUCAUUGGUUGGGCCGGGGGACCAUGUCAUCUGUCAUUACCCCACAUAUCAGCAGCUUUACUCGGUCCCAGCAUCGCUCGGAGCCGAGGUGAGCCUGUGGAAAUCGAAGGAGAAAGACGGGUGGAAACUGGAUCUUAAUGAAUUGAAGGAGUUGAUCCGCCCCAACACCAAGCUGAUUAUCCUGAAUAAUCCGCAGAAUCCUACUGGGGCUGUGAUUCCUCAGGCUACGCUGGAAGAGAUCGUGGAGAUUGCGCGCAGCUCGUCGAUCUUUGUUCAUGCCGAUGAAGUCUACCGGCCUAUCUUUCAUUCCAUUACUCCUAUGGAACCUGAAUUUCCGUCAUCGCUCCUUUCUCUGGGAUACGAACGUACAAUUGUAACUGGUUCAAUGUCCAAAGCGUAUAGCUUAGCAGGCAUCCGCGUGGGAUGGAUAGCCUCUCGUGAUCGGUCUGUUAUUGAGACAUGCGCUUCUACGCGGCACUAUACUACCAUCUCGGUGAGCCAAUUGGACGACGCCAUUGCGAGCUAUGCCCUGGAUGCAAGCUGCAUCCACAAUCUCUUAAAGCGGAAUAUCCAAUUGGCGAAAACGAAUCUGGCUAUCCUUGAAGAUUUCAUCGAAUCUUAUCGAUGGGCCUGUGAGUGGGUCAAACCACGCGCAGGAACAACAGCAUUCGUGCGAUUCAGCAAAAUGGGGAAACCUGUUGAUGAUGUUGCCUUUUGUGAAAUGCUUCUAGAGCGGACUGGCGUCAUGUUUGUCCCGGGAAGUCAGUGUUUCGGUGAGGGAGAGGACUUCAAGGGUUACGUCCGGAUCGGAGUGGUCCAAGAAACCCACGUGUUAGAGGAGGGAUUAGAGGUGUUAAGAUCUUUUAUGGAGGACGGUACAGAUAUUCCUCUUUCUAUCGCUACCCCUGCUGUUGCCACCACACUCGCAUACUUGAACGCUAAAUACUCACUGUUCUAUGAUGUGGCAUUAAUCGGGGGCUUGAUCAAGUCCAUUUUCAAAUCUCGCUUGGCAGAGCGUCGUGACCAUCUGAACCUCUUCUAUGUACUGGAGCAGCAUGCCCUGUCUCCGGCGACCAAGGACAACCAAUUCAUCGUCUAUAAUGGCCGUGCCUGGACCUUUUAUGAAACCUACGUCAUGGCGUUGCGGUAUGGCGCCUGGCUUAAGAGAGUUCACGGAAUCAAGCCCAAGGAGAUCGUCGCGAUGGAUUUCAUGAAUUCUUCGACCUUCCUCUUCCUUCUUCUGGGACUCUGGAGUAUUGGCGCCGUGCCCGCGUUCAUCAACUACAACUUGUCAGGGAAACCCCUGACACACUGCGUCAGAACUUCGACCGCCAGAUUGCUGGUAGUUGACGAGGAAAUCCGUCAGCAAUUUACGCCUGAGCAGAUGGAGACGCUGGGUUCACCGGACUUCCGUGAAGGUGGUGGGUCGGUCGAUGUGGUCUUUUUCACACCCGAAGUGGAGUCCCAAAUCAUACAGAUGGAGGCCACGCGCGAAGAUGACAGCGUCCGAAAUGGUCCUGCCCUCCGUGACUUGGCUUUGCUUAUAUACACAAGCGGUACUACCGGCCUACCGAAACCCGCUAUCGUCAGCUGGAGGAAGUGCUGGACCGGCGGCACAUUUGUCACCCAUUGGUUAGGGUUGGCCAAGAAUGACCGUUUCUUCACAUGCAUGCCACUUUACCACUCAUCCGCCUCGAUCCUGGGGUUCGUAACUUGCUUGCUGGGCGGGUCAACCCUGAUCAUCGGCCGCAAGUUCUCCGCUAGAAGCUUCUGGCGGGAAGCACGGGAGAAUCAAGCAACAAUUGUACAGUAUGUGGGUGAAACCCUGCGGUACUUGAUGGCCGUUCCGCCUGAGAUUGAUCCUGUCACCGGAGAGGACUUGGACAAGAAGCAUAAUGUUCGCGCAGUGUUCGGGAACGGCUUGCGACCUGAUAUCUGGGGCCGCUUCAAAGAGCGUUUUAACAUCCCCACGAUUGCUGAGUUUUAUUCAGCAACCGAAGGCACCAGUGGGUCCUGGAAUCUCUCCUCCAACGACUUCACAGCAGGGGCAAUCGGGCGAAAUGGCUCGCUUAGUAGGCUGAUUCUAGGAGGCGGCCUGGCCGUUGUUCAGGUUGAUCAUGAAACGCAGCAACCCUGGCGGGACUCAAAGACGGGGUUCUGUAAGGAAGUGCCACGAGGCGAGCCCGGCGAGCUGCUGUAUGCCAUCAACGCGGCAGAUCCUGUAGAGACUUUCCAAGGAUAUUUUAAGAACUCUAAGGCUACCGAAAGCAAGAUUGUUCGUGACGUGCUGCGAAAGGGUGAUGCAUACUUCCGCACUGGUGAUAUGGUGCGGUGGGACACUGAAGGCCGGUGGUACUUCAACGACAGACUCGGUGAUACCUUCCGGUGGAAGAGUGAAAAUGUGUCCACAAGUGAGGUUGCCGAGGUAUUAGGAGCACACCCAGAUGUGCAUGAAGCUAACGUCUAUGGUGUUGCGCUGCCUAAUCACGACGGACGCGCCGGCUGUGCCGCCAUUAUUCUGCAACAACAGCACCAGGCCACCGACCCAUCGGUGCUCAUACCCCCCACCCAAGAGACACUGAGCAGUCUUGCAGCUCACGCCCUAAAGAAUCUACCUCGCUUCGCAGUCCCGCUUUUCCUCCGUCUCGCGCCGGAAAUGCAGGGAACAGGAAACAACAAGCAGCAAAAGCAUGUACUGCGAACCGAAGGCGUAGACCCGUCGCUGGUCAGUACUCCGGACAAGCUGUACUGGCUCCAAGGGGACAAGUACGUGCCCUUUAAGCAGAAUGACUGGAGCCGCUUGCAGGGUGGACAGGUGAAGCUGUAG